AUGGAUAUCGAGUCUCUCUUCAGCGUCAAGGGCAAGGUCGUGCUCGUCACCGGCGGCGGCCGUGGCGUGGGCGAGAUGAUCGCGACCGGCUUCGUGACCAACGGCGCCAAGGUGUACAUCUCGUCCCGCGAUGUCAAGGCGUGCGAGGAGACCGCCAAGGCGCUCACUGCCCGCGGUCCCGGCCAGUGCAUUGCCAUCCCCGGCGACCUGUCAAAGUACGACGAGUGUAUCCGUCUCGCCAAGGAGAUUGAGAAGCGCGAGCCAGUCCUCAACGUCCUGGUGAACAACUCUGGCGCGACGUGGGGCGCCUCGCUGGCCGAGUACCCCGACUCGGCAUUCACAAAGCUGCUCACGCUCAACGUGCAGCGCGUGUUCACGCUCACGCAGGCGCUCAUGCCCCUCAUCGAGAAGGGCGGCAAGCGCGACGGCUGCGGCCGCGUCAUCAACAUUGGCUCCAUCAACGGCGUCAGCGUUCCCGCCAUGGAGACGUUUGCCUACUCGGCCUCAAAGGCCGCGCUGCACCAGCUCACGCGCCACCUGGCGGCGUUUGUCGACGGGUCCGUGACCGUCAACGCGCUCGCGCUCGGCCCCUUCCGCUCCAAGAUGAUGAAGUCGACGCUCGAGGCCGGCGAAGAGGUCAUUGCGGGCGGCCUCCCCUCGAAGCGAAUCGGUAACCCCUCAGACGUCGCGGCUGCCACCCUCUGGCUCUCGGGCAAGGGCGGCGAGUGGAUCACCGGUACAGUGAUUCCCAUCGACGGUGGUAGCCUUCUCACUGGCUCCAAGCUGUAA